AUGAGAACAGAACUUGAUGCAAAAGCAGAAGAGAGGCUCAGAUAUGCAGAAGGAGAAUUUCCGGAGAAAGAAUUUGCAGGACAAUCUCCCGACACAGAGCGCCGAGCAGCAUUUGAACCCAGCGCCCCCACCUUGGAAUCUCUCGAGGAAGGCCGAACAAGUCCAUUGUUCGGUGAUAAAUUAGCUGGUUUCGCUACCAAAGCCGCAAAGAUUGCAGGAGGAGCUGUUGUAGCCCCAGUAGCUUUGGCGGCAAUGGGCGCUUCUGCCGCAUACGAAGCUUUGACAAAGGAUGAUGAACAAAAGCAUGAAGACCUGUAUAAGGAGCAUGAACAACAAGCAGAAAGAGAGUCGCCAAAGCCGAAACCACUUGGCACUGAAGAAAUUUCAGCCGACAUGUUCCCAGCCGUGCCUGAAACUGAUCUUACGAAAUCAGCUUACGAGGAAAAGCCUAAACCAGAAGAAGGGAUUAAGGACCAUGUAUCACCAAUUACGGAGCACGAAUCUCCGAAAGCCGCCGAAUCUCCCAUCAGCACGGUUUCACGCAUUGGAGAAGAGCCCAUGAGAACAGAACUUGAUGCAAAAGCAGAAGAGAGGCUCAGAUAUGCAGAAGGAGAAUUUCCGGAGAAAGAAUUUGCAGGACAAUCUCCCGACACAGAGCGCCGAGCAGCAUUUGAACCCAGCGCCCCCACCUUGGAAUCUCUCGAGGAAGGCCGAACAAGUCCAUUGUUCGGUGAUAAAUUAGCUGGUUUCGCUACCAAAGCCGCAAAGAUUGCAGGAGGAGCUGUUGUAGCCCCAGUAGCUUUGGCGGCAAUGGGCGCUUCUGCCGCAUACGAAGCUUUGACAAAGGAUGAUGAACAAAAGCAUGAAGACCUGUAUAAGGAGCAUGAACAACAAGCAGAAAGAGAGUCGCCAAAGCCGAAACCACUUGGCACUGAAGAAAUUUCAGCCGACAUGUUCCCAGCCGUGCCUGAAACUGAUCUUACGAAAUCAGCUUACGAGGAAAAGCCUAAACCAGAAGAAGGGAUUAAGGACCAUGUAUCACCAAUUACGGAGCACGAAUCUCCGAAAGCCGCCGAAUCUCCCAUCAGCACGGUUUCACGCAUUGGAGAAGAGCCGAUGAGAACAGAACUUGAUGCAAAAGCAGAAGAGAGGCUCAGAUAUGCAGAAGGAGUAUUUCCGGAGAAAGAAUUUGCAGGACAAUCUCCCGACACAGAGCGCCGAGCAGCAUUUGAACCCAGCGCACCCACCUUGGAAUCUCCCGAGGAAGGCCGAACAAGUCCAUCGUUCGGUGAUAAAUUAGCUGGUUUCGCUACCAAAGCCGCAAAGAUUGCAGGAGGAGCUGUUGUAGCCCCAGUAGCUUUGGCGGCAAUGGGCGCUUCUGCCGCAUACGAAGCUUUGACAAAGGAAGAUGAACAAAAGCAUGAAGAUCUGCCCUGGGAACAUGAGCAACAUGCAGAAAGAGAGUCGCAAAAGCCAUCACCUGUUGGCGUAGAAAAAAUUUCUGACGACAUGUUCCCAACGGUGCCCGAAUCUGAUCUGGCCAUUGCAGCUUACGAGGAGAAAACUGUAACAGAAGAGAUCAAGGAUCGCGUGUCACCAACUAUGGAGCACGCUACAAAAGCCAAGAGCGAGUCUCCAAAAACAAAGCUCGAAUCCAUUAAACCUGCGGAAUCUUCUGUCAGUAUGGUUUCACGCGAAGAGGCCUGCGGAGAAAACCUCUCAGUGACGGAACCAGAGAAAAAAGUACCUCUUUUCGAACAAGAAGGAAAAUCACUUCCUUUCCCUACGAGUAAGAUUGCCGCCGUGGCAGAUAUUGACGAUAAGAGUCACCUCAAAUCUGUAUCAGGAGCCUAUGAUGUAGAUUUAGAACAAGAAAUUUGCAAGGACAAAGGCAAGGGAGCACAGCCGCAUGUCAUUGAGUCAAAAGACUACGAUAUCGAAGAAGAUGGGAAGCCGCUCUCCUCACCAAAAAAGGUGGAGCGAUCACCUUCCUUCACCGGCGAGCCCGGAACCCCCGGUGAAAGUGUUCUUACCGCUCCAGACAUCUAUCGAAACUUGGAAGACGAUUACCAGAAACUACCACAGGGCAAAAGUGAGGAAGCUGAACAACAUGUUAUCGAAUCGGAAGAAUUCAUCAAGGACGAGGAAAGAUCGCUCUCUUCUCCCACAAAAAUGGAAGAGCCCUCUUCCGUUAUGGUUCCUCAGUUUGAGGGACAUAAAGAGGAUUUGACUACCACCAGAGAUUCUCAAAUUACCUUGACGGGAGAGCAUGGUGUUUACGCCCCACAAGAUGGAGAAGAUGAUUCCCAUGUCAUCGAAUCGGAAGACUUUGUUAAGCAAAAAGAGCGGUCGCUUUCACCCACAAAAGUAGGACUGCCUGAUCUCUACUCUCCAGAGAGUCAAAUCGAGGAUAUGGCCACCACCACGGACUCCCAGCUGGGCUUGACAGGAGAGCAUGGCGUUUACGCUCCACAAAGAAUGGACUCACAUGUCAUCGAAUCGGAAGACUUUGUUGAGCAGAAAGAAAGGUCACUCUCACCUACGAGAGUGGGACUGCUUUCUGUCACUGGAAUCCAACAUCCAGAAAGUCACGUAGAGGAUAUCACUACCACUCGAGAUUCCUCUCUAACAUUAACAGGGAAUCACGCAGUUUAUGCUCCACAAGCUGGAGAGUCUGAACCGCAUGUUAUUGUAUUAGAAAAGGAAAUGCCACUCUCAUCACCCACAAGAACAAAACCACAAGGUAGUGAAAUCGAUGAACAGACAAAAAUGAAAGAACCACCAAGUAAGCUGGAUGGGUCCGAUAGACUGACACAUGUCGUCGAUUCAGCAGACUAUGAUUUGGUGCAGGAAGAGCGACACUUUUCCAGUGACAUCGCCACGGAUGCCGAGCAUCCCGACCACCAUUCGCCCACACAGCCAUCUCUUCAUGUGCUACAAGAAGAAGCUUUGGGAAACGUUUUCAAAAUGAGAUUCUCAGACACAGCAGAGUUGGAGUCACCCGAACAGCAAUCAGCACAUACGCCAUCAUCGUAUCCCGAUGAGCAACAUUCGAUUGCUGGUGAUGACGAGUGGAAGGUCUACGACAGUAAAGGUGAAAUUGUCGAAGAAUUCUCCAGUCAGCUAACAGAAGAGUUGAUACAAGAAGCAGAGACAAAUGCAAGUGUGCGAAGUGAGCAGUCUCCGCGAAAGAUUGUAAAGCAGGAGUCUUCUGAAGUGACGAUGGAACCAGAAAUUGACUACCAUUCAGAUCUUCAGGAAAAGCUGGACAUCUUAGCUGAAGAACGACGAGACAAAUUGUUUUCAGUGCAAGAAGAAGAAGAUCAUUUAGAAGUUAUUGAUGAAACAGAUUACGAACAGGAAGCUCAUCAAGACCAUGAGAUUGAACAGGCUGCACUUCGUCUUGUAGACGAAGCAAUCACUGCUGCUAUGGAAGCACAUGAGGAGGCGAAAACGCACACGUCAACAUCCGGGUCAAACGUUUAUCAAACGGCUACGGAACAUUCCAAAGACGAACAGUACGAUACCUGUGUGACUUCGCAAGAUACUUACGACUCGGCUCAGGAGUGGGCAUCGCAGGAGUCUGAGUACACAACAGCAGCAAGCGGAGCCACUAGCAGAUUGAGCGAAGCCGAAGAAAGACAAGGAAGUGUCACCCCGCUGGCAAUAUUGUCUCCGGUAGAUUCGGACCGCCAUUUUACUGCUAAUCAAGAUUUCGAGGAGGCGGUACCUGUGAUAAGGCACUUUAUGAUGGACGACACCGCAAGAUCAACGCCUGAUGUUCCACUACAAGUGACUAUCGAAGAAGAAGAGGAAGAAUCAGAAGCCACUUUGCCUACUAGCCCCAGUGGCGUUCUGUUACCUCCACGGGUAGAUCCAGGUCGACCAGUCUCUCCAGUUCCACCAACCCGUCAAACGGAUGAUGAUGACGAAGAAGAUUACUUCGUUUUCGUUGAGAGACCCCAGGAUAAAGUUUUUUCCAAAUCAGGAGCCGAAAGGUUGCCGGAAAGACGAUCUGCAGAAGUAGAAUCCACGAGUGAUAGCCAUGAGAAGUCCUAUUCUCGCCAGCUUUCUGAUAUAUCAUCUGGCAGUUAUGCGGAUACGGUAAUUCACCACGGAAAGGGAGACGUGGAGUCAGUAGCAGAUGUUGAAGACAUUUCCACUUAUGAGCAUGCAGGUUCACCUGGGUUGGCAGAGAAAGAGUCUUUGAAGAGCAGUCCUGAAGAGAAAAAAGAUACUGCGUCUCAAAAAUCUGAAGUGUCACCUAUGAAAGUUGGCGAAGAAUCUGACGAACAACCAGAAAAAGACCAGACAAUGGAAUCACCUUCUUCUGAAAGUUCAGCUAGAGAAAGAACGAGUGACAACGAAGAAGGGUUUGUGAUCUGCUCACCGAUUGACGACGCUCCUAUGGAAGGUGAACUAGAAACGGUAGAGGAAGAGCCUGAGGAUGUCGAGUCAAUCAACGGUAGCGGAAAUUCAUCUGUGGGUGUACCGUCGGACACUUUAGCACUGGUUGGAAAGUAUAAGCACGUGUCAAGUGACAACGUGUCUCUUACCAGCCUUCAAGAGUUCGAACGGCUUGAGCAGAUGGUUUUAAACCAUGGAGAGGGCAGUCUUAGCGCCAGUGAGAUCGAGCUCUAUGCAGCUGGUAAAUUGCGUUGCACUGGAUCCAAUGGAUCAGGAGAAGGCUCGGUCAGCUCACUGGCUGAAUUUGAGAAACUGGAACAAGAGCUUACUGCGAAUAUUUCACCUCAAGAAGAAGUCGCGAUGCUUCCGGAAAUCCGGGAAGAAUCGGAGGUAGAAGACAUGAGCGUUCGCGACGACGACGAAGAAGAGCAUUCGGAAACAGAAGUGAAGACAAGACCAAUCGACGAAGAAGAUCUACGAAGUGCCACACCAAUCGCGUCGCCGGUGGAUUCGCUCGAACACGAGCCUAUCGUAUCCACAAUACCUCUUCUCGAAACUAGCACUGACUCACUAGAACCGUCCUAUGAACGAGUAGAAGCGCAUCCUCAACGGGAUAGCGAAGUGUCAUCUCUGGCUGAAUAUGAGGUAAUCACUCGUCUUGAUGAUAGCGUUAGAGAUUCAUUAGAGAACAUACCUCAUGAGCGAGAUUCUCUACUCGAAGGCGCCAGCCAAGAUAUGACCAGUCAGGAUACACGUGCAAUGUUGAGCGGAGACACCGUGGAAACCUACCAAGAGCAUGACGAUGACGAUAAGGAUUCGCUUGGUGGUGAAAUGGACACGAUGCUCCGAGAUUAUCCGACUACAUUAACAACUUUUGAAACCACAGCUAUCGCACCAGAUGGAACUGUGCAGACAAUCUCGCGCAGAGUUGAAACACGGGUGCGUGACCCAAUUAUGAGCCACGUAACGUUUACCGGUACCGAGAGCGAGGAGCGGGCAACGUUACGCGCACCGUUUGCCGAAGGCAAUCACCACCGCAAUAUUAGAUUUCCUCCACUUACCCUCGUUUCUCAAUCAUGAGGGGCAAUGAUCUACGCGGACUCCCCUUCGUAUUUCGAACAAACUUCUCAUUAAAAUUUUCGAACUUUAUCAUUUUCUCUGUUGAUAUUGCGAUUUGAACUUUACGUUGUAGUCAUCUUCCAGUUAUGACUGGAAUUCCUUUAGUGAUAAACAAGCAUCUCGCAGCUGAUCGUUGGUUCAAUCCGCAUACUCCAAAAAUAUCAGCAUCUCAGCUUCUUGCGUGUAUAUUCAUAUUACUCACAAUAUUAUACAUUGAUUGACAUUGUUGACUUGUUUACAUGCUUAAAAUUCUAUCACAAGGAGUAUGCGGGAUCUCUGCUAGUGUACUAGGAUAAUAAAUUACGUAUUUAUUUGUUGGCCAGUGAAUGUGCAUGAGUAUUAUCUUUCAUAGAUAAAGCUUAU